AUGGAUGGUCUCAAACAUAGCAACAGCGGCAUCCCCCGCACAUCUCGACUCCCAGUCCCUCGCUCAGCAAUCCCCAAGCCUGCUUCGCCAACCUCGACAACACCGCUUCGGCCCCAGGCUUCUAGAGACAGCUUCGACGGCGGAGAGCUACAUGUCCCCAAAGUUCGGGCGAAUGCGUCGCGAGACGAGUUCCGCCAAAGAAAGCAAGACGCCAAUGGCUCGCACAGCCCAUUACGAAAGGCCUUCUCGCGGGAUCAACUACGCUCAAGCCAGCAGCAAAUACCAAAGUCUAGAUCGCAAAUCGACUCGCUAGCAACUAGUCCCGGCGUUGGCCAUCUUCAAAAGCAAGCCAGCAUGUCCAGUGCCCAGCCAUGGAUCAUGGGAAGCCUCUCCGGCCUGGUCGACCUGGUCGAACAUGAUUCCUCUGGCACCUGUGCUUCGCAGAAUCGACUGCCUCAAAAGCAAGCAGCCCCAUCGCGCGAUACAACCGGCAUACGUGACCUCGUAGGAGAUGGCUUGGUCAACGAGAUUGAUACUGCGCAGACGCCAAGCACCAGCAGGAGCAGACCUCGGCCGUCUUUGACUGAACGCACUAUGGAGACGUUGGCCCAAGUACCCACCUCGCCCGCGUUGAGUAAGCGACCGUCGUCCUUCUUCGACCAGGUUCGCCCAAUAUCGCAAGCCGGAAGUGCAAGUCUGCGGCCUGGAUCCAGCUACAGCUCGGAAUCCUCGGCACGAGCAUCGUCUGGGCAAGGCAGCCGGCCAGGAUCAAGCGCUGGCCUGGAUGAUGCUGCCACGUCGGCCUUUCGAGGCGGCGUGGCCUCUUUCAAGAGCAGCCUCUCUACAAUCAGCGGUACUCCUCGAAGAGCGUCUGGCUUUGGCAUCCCAAAACCGACCCAGAAGGAGGCCACGCCAAGCCGUGCGCGAAUCCCCUCUGCUACAAAGCCGACCACUAUCAGCGUGCCAUCCAUGCCUGUACCAGAUGCAGCUCGGAGCCCGAGUCUGGACAAAAGGGCUUUCGGGCCGGUUCCAUCCAGGUCUGGCGGCAAAACAAUGGCAGCGCGACCAACAAAGCCUAGGCCCUCUGCAACUGGACUUUUCAAGAAGACGUCGUUGCCUUCUCUGGUAGACUCUGCAGCUGCCACGGAGACGGCAUGGGGUGAAUCCGAUGCCCUGCCUUUGCCCAAAGCAUCCGUGUCGGCCGCCAAAGGACUCUCGCCAUUGACAAACCGAAAGUCAUCCGCAGCAUUGCGAGAACAAAUUGCAAAAGCCAAGGCAGCCAAGCGUGCGGCCUCGAGGCAAGCAUCAUCCAACCAAGAGAUGGCCACGGAGUUUGACGCGCCCAUUAUGUGCAGUGAUGGAUAUGGUCCAGAUUUGCCGCACGAUGAUCCGUUCAACCUGCGAAAAGGCGAGAAUCCCGGGGCCAAGGUGCUGCAGCAACGCGUCGAAUCGGCGAGAACUACGGGGAGACUGAACAUAGCCGCCCUUGGAUUGAAGGAGAUUCCCCACCAAGUGAUGAAAAUGUAUGACCUGGAGAGUGUCGGCAGCUACGGUGGCAACUGGGCUGAAAGCGUAGAUCUGACGAGGCUCGUCGCCGCCGACAAUGAAAUCGAAGCCCUCGAUGACGCCGUCUUUCCAGAUUCAGCUCCUGAUAUGGCAGGCGCGCAAGACGCUGGAGAGGAAGAACCCCAAGGCAACAUAUUCGGCGGGCUGGAGACGCUGGACUUGCACGGGAACCUGUUGCUGAAUGUACCUCUGGGCUUCCGCAGGCUUCUCCACCUCACAUCGCUCAACCUCUCCUCGAACAGGCUGGAAAACAGCAGCUUCGAUGUCAUUGCUCAAAUGACUUCUUUGAGAGACCUCAGGCUAUCCAAGAAUCGGUUUUCUGGCACACUGAGCUCGGCAUUGUCGAAUCUCAAAGCAAUUGAGAUGCUCGAUGUUCAUGGAAACGGCAUAUCAGCCUUGCCUGAUUGCAUGGAUCAGCUGUCGCGCUUAAGGAUCUUGAAUGCCAACGAGAACAAGCUGCAAUCUAUUCCUUUUGAUAGCCUGUCCAAACUUCCGUUGACAGAGCUUUCAGUCAGGAAAAACAAGCUGUCUGGGGUUCUUUUCGAGCCGUCCAUCGAAGCGCUACCCCUCUUGCAGCUGCUUGACGCGUCAGGCAAUCAAUUGACUCAUCUGACUGCUGCCGAUGCAAAAAUCAGCCUCCCGGCGCUCCACUCGCUGUGCCUGUCGGUGAAUCGGCUGCAGUCCCUGCCUGACAUGACGACUUGGACCAGCCUUCUUACCUUGGCCGUGGACGAGAACCACGUAGCCUCUAUUCCCGACAAUUUCACAACACUUCAGAAGCUACGGCAUGCGGAUUUCGCAAGCAACGAUAUCCGCACGAUCCCCCCCGAGAUUGCUCGGAUGCAAGGCUUGUCCAUGCUCCGCCUGACGGGUAACCCGCUCAGGGACCGAAGGCUGAUAUCUGCCUCGACCGACGAGCUAAAGGAGGUUCUGGCAGCUCGACUGGAACCCCCGCCCCCGUAUCAGGAGCCCAACGAAAACUCGACGCUUGUAGAACUGAUGGGCGGCCACGUCGAAAGGGGCAGGCAGUCCAAGGAUGCUGCUGGCUUUCCCCUGGUAACAAGGUGCGAUGAAGAUGCCGGAUCCGACGUGGACGACGACUUUACCACGCCACCGACGUCUGCGCCGCACACACCCACGCGGACGCGCUCGGAAACAGUUGUCAAGGACGUGUGGUUCGUCAAGCCAGGGGGCCUCUUGGACCUGUCAGGAUCCAACCUGUCCGACCUAAACGCGGAUACCUGCUCCGCGGUUGCCUGCCAGAACCAAGUGCGUCAGGUUCAGCUUCAUCACAACCCCCUCCAAGCCAUACCGAUGGCCCUCGCAGCGUUUGGCUCGACUCUGUCAGUGCUGUCCCUGGCGCAUAUGCAGCUGUCGGGCGGCUCCUAUCUCUCGGCGACCCUGGAACUGCCAGCCCUGCGGGAACUGAGCCUCGUGUCGAAUCAGAUUACAAGCUUGGCGCCAUUGACGGAGCAGCUGGACGCUCCGGCCUUGGAGAAGCUCGACGCUGCCCUCAACCGGAUGACGGCGCUUCCGCCCGACUUGAAGCAGUCCUUUCCACAGCUUUCGGUCCUGCUGGCACCCAACAACCAGCUGGCAGAGCUGGAUCCGGAGAGCAUUCGAGGGCUGAAGAUUGUCGACGUGUCCAGCAACGACAUUGGGCAGUUGAAUCCGCGGCUGGGUCUCCUUGGUGGCGCCGGCGGUUUGCAAAGGCUUGAGCUUUCCGGCAAUCGGUUCAGGGUACCGAGAUGGAGCAUUCUGGAGCGAGGCACGGAGGCUACGCUGCGGUGGCUGCGGGGUCGGCUGCCCGCUGAAGAUGAAGAGAUGGAGGCUUGGAGGAUAGCCAACGGCGAAGCAGGGCAGCAAGAAGCAGAUUGA